AUGUCAUCGACGGAACGACGCAUCAAGUCGCUGAAGACGAGGCAGAAAAGUCUGCUGACGUCAUUCCAACUCGUUGUGAAAUUCGUGGACGGAUACGAAGAAGAGACGGACUGCUAUGAAGUGCCCGUUAGGUUGGAACAUCUAGUCUCGAUUUGGAAUGAUUUCAAUGCCGUCCAAGGAGAGCUCGAAACACUCGACGACACCAACGUAGAAGCGCAUUUGCAAGAUAGUAUCGCUUUCGAGACCUCUUAUUUCAAGGCCAAGGGGUUCCUUCUAUCCGUCAGUAAACCUACAUCUACGCCAACAACACCGUCGAGUUCUCAAUCGCAACCCUUUUCCACCACGUCCCACGUGCGCCUGCCGGACAUCAAACUGCCUGUGUUUGACGGUACCCUAGAUCGCUGGUUAAACUUCCACGAUCUUUUUAUAUCUUUGGUCCACUCGUCGCACGAGCUUUCAAAUAUUCAGAAGUUUUAUUAUCUUCGCUCUUCGCUCACCGGGGAAGCUCUGAAACUCGUGCAGACGAUCGCAAUCUCGGCCAACAACUACAUGGUCGCCUGGAAUCUCUUGUUGGACCACUAUCAGAAUCCGAUUCGGCUAAAGCAGUCAUACGUUGAUUCCCUCUUCGAAUUUGCACCAAUUAGACGAGAGUCGGCCACCGAGCUUCAUUCAUUAGUGGAAAAGUUUGAAGCAAAUGUGAAGAUACUUAAGCAGCUCGGCGAAAGGACGGAGUGUUGGGACCUUAUUCUCAUUCGAAUGUUAAGCAUUCGACUUGACUCCGUCACACGAAGAGAUUGGGAAGAAUACUGCGCUACUCAGCAGGCUGUAACGUUUCAGGACCUCACUUCGUUUAUUCAACGCCGCGUUACCGUCCUGCAAACUAUCGGCAAGGCAACGGAAGUGUCGUCAUCCAUACCAGCAAAGAAACCGCAAUCAAGGCCACUUUCCAGUCACGCGGUGACUCACAUCAACUCUAGGAAAUGCCUAGUAUGCCCGGACAGUCAUCCGUUGUACCAGUGCAAUAAAUUUUCCAAGAUGAACAUCGAAGAGAAGGAGAAGGAAAUCCGCCGUCAUCAGCUUUGCAGAAAUUGUCUCCGGAAAGGCCACCCGGCCAAGGAGUGUCCGUCAUCUAGUACCUGCCGAAGGUGCAGAGGUCAUCACCACACACAAAUCUGCCCACAGUCCGAAUGCGAUUCAAGCAAAUCCAAGGCUGCAGAGGCAUCUCCCCCAGCGGACACCUCUGUUCAGUCCGCAGCCAGUCCACCGUCAGCAUCGGUCUCAGCAACACUCGAAAUUUCCGGCCACGCCGCUGUAGGAGCAACACCAAAACGAGUUCUUCUUGCGACAGCCAUAAUAAUCGUAGUUGAUGACAGCGGGAGGGAGUUCCCAGCCAGAGCACUACUAGACUCCGGUAGCGAAUGUUCAUUCGUAACAGAAUCGUUUUCGCAACUAAUCAAAGCACGACGCAGAAAAGUACAUCUGCCCAUCUCUGGGAUUGGUCAAUCAAAAGCACAUGUCCGUAGCAUGCUGCUAACUACCAUUCGCUCAAGGAUUAAUGAAUAUACCGCUUCGGUUGAACUUCUCGUUAUGCCGAAGGUGACCAUGGACCUGCCAUCAUCGUCGCUCGACGUCUCGACGUGGAAGAUUCCUUCAGAAAUCCAGUUGGCAGAUCCGGCAUUCUACAAGACUAGUUCCAUCGACAUCGUUUUGGGUGCAGAGCUAUUUUUCGAUCUUUUCAGUAUGAGUGGCCGAAUCGACCUUGGCAUUAACCUUCCGGUCCUCGUAAACUCCGUUUUUGGAUGGAUAGUCACGGGAAGCAGCGUGGCCACUAAUACAUCAACCCCAAUAGCAGCAAACUUGGCCUUAGUCACCGAUCUGCAUCAGCUUAUGGAGAGCUUUUGGUCUAUGGAGGAAGGCGCCACAACGUCCUGUCUCUCGGUGGAGGAAGUAGCAUGUGAGGAACAUUUCCAGAAAACCACUAAGCGCAGCGAAGAUGGACGAUACAUAGUUCGCCUACCGGUGAAAGAAAAUAUUCUCGAUAAUCUAGACAACAACCGUCGAACAGCUACUCGGCGAUUUCGAAUGCUCGAAUCCAGAUUCGCUACAGAUGCAAAUCUACAGGAACAAUAUUCCUUGUUCAUGAACGAAUACCUUUCACUUGGACAUAUGACACGCAUCGUGGACUACCAACAGCCACGUGAAAGGGUUUAUCAUCUCCCCCAUCACGCCGUAAUCCGCGAAGACAGCACGACAACCAAGAUGCGUGUUGUUUUCGAUGCCUCCUGUAGGACUUCGACUGGAUCAUCUCUAAAUGAUGCGUUGAUGGUUGGGCCAACACUGCAACAGGAUCUUCGUUCGAUCCUUAUGCGCUCACGGAUGCAUCGAAUAAUGAUUAUUGCGGAUAUUAAGCAAAUGUUUCGCCAAAUUUUAGUGGACCCCCUCGACACGCCGCUACAGCGAAUCGUUUGGAGGUCAUCGAAUGAUGCUCCGUUGGAUACCUAUGAAUUAAAAACUGUAACAUAUGGCACAGCUAGUGCCCCCUUCUUGGCAACACGGGUCCUAAAGCAACUAGCAGAUGAUGAACGCACAGAAUUUCCGGAAGCAGCCGAAAUACUGAUCAACGAUUUCUACGUCGACGAUUUGAUUUCUGGAGCAAAUUCGACCGAGGAAGCCAGGAUUCGUCGUAAGCAGUUGGAUUCACUAUUGAAUAGGGGAGGUUUCCAAUUGCGCAAAUGGGCAUCAAAUGAACCCGAUGCCAUUGCCGAUGUUUCGCCUGAAAAUCUCGCUAUGCAACCCUCGGUGGAUCUCGAUCGUGAUCAGUGCAUAAAAACACUCGGUUUACACUGGGAGCCACAAACCGAUUGUCUACGAUACAAGGUUCAACUUCCAGGGACACUGAAGGAUGAAACGCUUACGAAACGGACGGCCCUUUCCUACAUCGCACGCCUAUUUGAUCCGCUGGGAUUAGUAGGCCCUGUGGUGACCACAGCAAAACUGUUCAUGCAGUCACUCUGGUUACUUCAGGACAGCGGAAGGCCUUGGGGAUGGGAUAAGGAGCUUCCAUCUUCUCUACAAGAGCGCUGGUUACAGUAUGAGGACCAACUUCCCCUGCUCAACGAACUACGGAUCGAUCGUCUAAUCACUUGCCAAGCACCCGAAACUGUGCAACUACACAUCUUCUCCGACUCAUCAGAAAAAGCAUACGGUGCGUGUGCUUACAUUAGAUCUACAGAUCCAAAUGGCCUCGUAAAAAGUGCGUUACUCACCUCGAAAUCGAAGGUCGCCCCAAUCAAACAACAGAGUAUUCCACGGCUCGAACUGUGUGGGGCUCUCCUUGCUGCGGAGCUCUACCAGAAAAUUAGCGCUUCCAUGCGAUCUCGAAUGGAAACGUUUUUCUGGGUGGACUCCACUACCGUCCUCAGCUGGCUGAAAUGUACUCCAUCAACUUGGACGACGUUUGUGGCGAACAGAGUGUCUAAAAUACAGUUGGCCACCAAAGACUGCACCUGGAAUCAUAUCGCCGGGAAGGAAAAUCCAGCAGACAUCCUUUCGCGUGGCGCAACGCCAGAAGCACUUCUCAACUGCACUCUGUGGUGGACCGGGCCGACUUGGCUACAAUGGACACCUAAUCAGUGGCCAACCGAAUUCAAUGCUGAUCUACAUUCUCCCACGAUUUCUCGAGAAGCCCGUAGGGCACCAGCAGUAGCUUUGAACGUCCAUCACGAUCACGAGCGGUCUUUCAUCGAUGAACUUGUGGCAAGGUUUUCGAAUUACCAGCGCAUGUUGCGCAUAACGGCCUACUGCAACCGCUUUCUUCGAAACUGUCGUAAGAGAUCACGAAAGGUUACCAUCACAGACGAAACAUUCCUUUCUUCAGAAGAAAUCAAGGUAUCGGAGGCCACUCUCAUCGCACUCAUCCAACAACAAGCGUUCUCAGUCGAGUGGAAACAGCUAAGCGAAAAACGACCACUUUCCACAAAGUCAAAGCUGCGUUGGUUCAACCCAUUCAUGUCAGACGAAGGAAUCAUCCGGAUCGGAGGACGACUAACACACGCAUUGCAGCCGUUUGACAGCAAGCAUCAAAUUCUACUACCAGCUCAUCAUCCAUACUCGCACCUCCUGGUCAAACAAGUGCAUGACCGAAAUUUGCAUGCGCAACCACAGCUUCUUCUGACUCUUCUUCGUGAUCGGUACUGGAUAAUAGGGGCCAGGAGUUUGGCCAGGAAGGUUGUCCACACUUGCAUCGCUUGCUUCAGAGCUCAUCCAAAAAGAGUGGAGCAAUUCAUGGCCGACCUACCUUCCACUCGAGUUACUGCAGCCCGGCCGUUUGGAGUAACAGGAGUUGACUACUGGGGACCAUUGCAUCUACGACCCGUGACUAGACGAUCCGCUGCAAGAAAGGCAUACGUAGCAGUAUUUGUAUGCUUUUGUACCAAGGCCGUACACAUAGAAUUAGUUGUGGAUCUAACGACCGCGAAGUUCAUGCAGGCCUUUCGACGAUUCACUUCACGACGUGGACUUUGCUCUCAAAUCUAUAGUGACAACGGACGAAAUUUUGUCGGUGCCUCGAAUGAACUACGAAAAUUGCUAAGCAGCAAUGAAUAUAGGCAAGCGUUCGCCCUAGAGUGCACCAGCAACGACAUUAAAUGGCACUUUAAUCCACCAAAAGCCUCCCAUUUCGGGGGAUUAUGGGAGUCGGCGAUUGCAUCGGCUCAAAAGCAUCUGUUCCGGGUCCUGGGGCCGCACAAAUUAGACUACGAUGACAUGGAGACCCUUCUCACCCAAAUAGAGUGCUGUCUCAAUUCGAGGCCCAUUAUUCCGAUUAGUGACGACCCGACAGAUUUGCAACCGCUUACACCAGGCCACUUUCUGAUUGGAUCACCCUUGAAGGCAGUUCCAGACGAAGAUGUAUCAGCUAUUCCGUUCAACAGGCUUCAACGUUGGCAACAAACGCAAAAAAUCUUUCAGGACGUCUGGAAGCGAUGGAACACAGAGUAUUUAUCGUCACUUCAGCCUCGUACCAAAUGGUGCCAGCCUCCUGUUGCUAUCGAAAGGGGCAGAUUAGUGAUUAUACGCCAAGAAAACUGUCCACCAAUGCACUGGCCUACUGCUCGCAUCAUGGAACUCCACCCUGGACCAGACGGAAUCACCAGAGUCGUGACAGUGCGAACUGCCGAUGGGAUAUACACUCGUCCAGUAUCUAAAAUUUGCCUGCUGCCUGUGCCAACCAAUUCGUCGACGGAGGGAGAGCAUCCAAAAUUUCCAUCUUCGGGCAUCGACACCAUCCAGGAAAACUUGGAGACCGCUGAAACGACGUAA